AAAACAGAACUAUACACAAUAACUCAUAAGCAGCAAAAACCUACAGUCCGACGCUCAGGGCUACUGUGAAAUCGAGGAGAAAAUGAAGAAUAUUCCGAUCAUUCUUAUGGGCUGCGGAGGCGUUGGGAGACCAACUCCUCCCCACAUCGUCUCCUGUCGAACCCUACACGCAAACAAGGGAAUUCACUUGCGAGUUGUGGGUAUAUUCGAUAGCAAAUCAUUUCUUGUUGUACCAGAUGUCUCAUCUAUGGAGUUCAAUGAUACCUUUUUGAUGAACAUUUGCCAGAUCAAAUCAACGGCUGUCCCUUCAAACAUGUGUUGA